AUGUAUUGCGCUUUGGACAUCACUUCAUUAGGGCUCACGUCGACAAAAAGCUUCUACAACGGGGUACGUCUUCCCACUGUACGGGGGAGCGGUGAGUUGGUCAAGCCGUCUUCAACCGACGGUGGCGGCGUCGACGGUAGAGGCGGGUAUAUGAGCGUGGGGAAGGCCGUGAAGGAGGCGUUGUGGUUCCGCAAACUUGGGGGCGAUCUCGGGUUGGACCUCGAAACGGUCCUGAUUUACUGCAACAACCAAAGGGCAAUGCGGCUCCUCAAGCAUCCAAUUGCUUCGCAGCAAUCGAAGCACAUCGACGUGAUUCAUCACUUUGCGCAGAAGCGGAUGGCGCAAAAGGAGGUCGAGAUCGCGUAUUGCAAGACGGAGGACAUGAAGGCGAACACCUUGACCAAGGCGUUGGCACCCGGAAAUUUUUUGAAGUGCAAGAGGAAGCUAGGAAUUGCAUAG